AUAUUUUGAAAUUAUAAAUAAAAAAAACUAAGCAUAAAAGUUCUCUUUAAACAAGAGCAAGAAUAUUUUGGCCAUCAUAAAAGAGCAAGAAUAUGCAUUCCGGCCAAAUGAAGCAUAAACAUGAAAAUUUUCUUGAAUUCUAAAACCUUCAGCAAACGUUAAACCCUUUCGCUUCCUUUUAUACUUCUCCACGAAUCCCCUCUUUCUCAAUUUCUGAGCUGAACCCUCCCAUAGAUGCAUUCAAUCCACAGUCCCUCUUGCUAUGCCAACCUCAAUCACCCUUCAUCCAAGUUCAAUCGUAUUGCCAACUGUUUGGUUGGAUCCAAUGUGUUACAGGCCUCCUGCGCACCCUCGUCUGUUCGUAGCUUCGGAUUGAGUGCUAUUGAUUCUGAAUUCUUGCCCAAAUUUGGUUCUUUUCAGAACCCUCGUUUUGUUUUCGCGCGCGGGAAAGCCUGGCGCUGUAUUAUAGCCAGAGCUACUGGAAAUGACUACUAUUCGACUUUGAAAGUUAGUAAGAAUGCUUCUUUGCAAGAGAUUAAGAGCGCUUACAGAAAACUAGCCCGUAAGUACCAUCCAGAUAUGAACAAGAGCCCCGGGGCAGAAGAGAAAUUCAAGGAGAUAAGUGCUGCAUAUGAGGUUCUAUCAGAUGAUGAGAAAAGAUCUUUAUAUGAUCGCUUUGGUGAGGCAGGUCUACAAGGAGAAACUGGAGUGUCAGCUAGUGCUUCAGGGGUUGAUCCUUUUGAUGUAUUUGAUGCAUUCUUUGGUGGUUCGGAUGGUCUAUUUGGAGGUGGUGAUGAACUAGGAGGAAUGAACUUCAAUUUGAGAAACAACAGAAAACGGGGUCUUGAUGUUCGGUAUGACCUUCACCUGAGCUUUGAGGAAUCUAUUUUUGGAGGAAGGAGAGAAAUUGAAGUUCCUUGUUUUCAGGCAUGUAAUGAUUGUGAUGGUACAGGAGCUAAAUCAAGGGAUUGCAUUAAACCAUGCAUGAAUUGUGGUGGCAGAGGAGGAGAGAUGAAAAGUCAAAGAACACCCUUUGGAGUAAUGUCUCAGGUUUCAACCUGCUCUGAGUGCCGUGGUCUUGGCAAGAUAAUCACUGAUAACUGUCGAAGGUGCAGUGGUAGUGGACGGGUGCAGUCUAAACAAACAAUGGAAAUAGUCAUUCCUCCUGGUGUCAAUAACGGAGCCACAAUGCAAAUUCAAGGAGAAGGGAAUUUUUAUAAGAAUAGGGGUACAGCUGGUGACCUUUAUAUAGUCAUCCAUGUUGAUGAAAAGGAUGGAGUUUGGAGAGAAGGUCUUCAUUUGUACUCUAAGAUUAAUAUUGAUUUCACAGAGGCAAUUCUUGGGUCUGUUAAAAAGGUGGAAACUGUUGAGGGUUUAAGGGAUCUCCAAAUUCCUUCUGGGAUUCAACCAGGAGAUUUUGUGAAGUUGUCACGCUUGGGAGUCCCUGACAUGAAUAAGCCAUCUGUUCGAGGUGAUCAUUACUUCAUCGUGAAUGUUCUCAUCCCUAAAAGUAUCAGUGGUGCUGAACGUGUGCUUGUUGAGGAAUUGGCUUCACUGAGAACAUCUGGCAAAGACGCAUCAAUCUCUUCCGAUGACAUGGGGACAUCUAAAGGCGGAGUAAAUGAUUUCAAAAAGAGGCACGCAAAAGGUCAUUCAAGCAUGGGAAGCAAACAUGGUUCCCUAUGGAGAUCAAUCAAGAAUUUCCUAAGGGGAGGACAGUCUGAAGAGAAGUUUGCAUCUAUUAGCUUGGAUUCCUCAGCAGCGUUGUGGAGAUUUGACAAGCCAAAUUAUUCGAACCCCAAUUAUUUUUUAGUUGGGUUCAUGAUAAGUUGUAUUAUUUUCCAUAUAUCUAAGUCUUGUAACGCUUUGUUUGAGAAACGAACCCUGCCCCCUACUCGUAGAACACUUCAGUGAAAGGACAUUGAAAGGAAUAGAUUUUUCUGUCUGAGCAAUAAGAUGAGAGUAUCACCACGGUUUUCCUACUUGGGCUAGGCGGCUAAAAUGGAGUGACUGUUUGUUAGAGCUAUCUUCUGUAUACUUUGCUUCUGCAUCAGGAAAUCUUGCAGAAGCGUUAGAGUUUUAGACAUUGAGACCUCACAAUCUAUAUUGCAGCUGGUUCUGGAAGGUCAUGUCUCCUGACAAUGAAUAUAAGGGUAAUGUAAUUAAUAAUUACAUUUUAAGGAUAAAGUUGAAAUUUUUAGAUAUUAUUUUUACUUUUUAAGAAUGUAUCGACAUUUUUUUAAUGUGUAUAACAAUGAUAUGAGAUAGCAUUUCUUCACGGCAA